AUGCUGCAGGACAAGGGCCUGUCGGAGAGCGAGGAGGCCUUCCGGGCCCCGGGCCCAGGCUCAUUCCCUAAGCCCACUCGGAGCCCUCCAGGUUGUUCUGAGACAGGCGGGGGAGAAGUCUAUAGCAGCCGAGCGACUGCAGGUCAAGUGUCCGGCUCUGAGGACCCCAGAGGGUCCCAGAGGACCUUAGAGGACGAGGGCGGCAGUGGGGGAUCCCGCAGGCUGAGCCCGCCUCUCCCAGGGGCGCACGGGAGCUCUGGGGGUCGCGGGAACCCGUCUGAGAGCUCCCAAGGAAAACCCUGCCCUCCGCGUGAAUGGAAACCGCAGAGCACCCUGCGGCUAGCGCGGGUCCGCGUGCGGUGUCGGGGGCGCCUGUCUGGGGGCGCCCCUCGGCCCCCAGGCCUGCGAAGCCGCCCUGAGUCCUCCUCCUCUCCCCCGCAGACCAUUGAGAACAUCAAGGUGGGGCUGCACGAGAAGGAGCUCUGGAAGAAGUUCCACGAGGCGGGCACAGAGAUGAUCAUCACCAAGGCUGGCAGGAGAAUGUUCCCCAGCUACAAGGUAAAGGUCACAGGCAUGAAUCCCAAGACCAAGUAUAUCCUGCUGAUUGACAUCGUCCCUGCCGAUGACCACCGCUACAAGUUCUGCGACAACAAAUGGAUGGUGGCAGGGAAGGCGGAGCCCGCCAUGCCAGGAAGGCUGUAUGUCCACCCAGACUCUCCAGCCACAGGGGCCCACUGGAUGCGGCAGCUGGUCUCCUUCCAGAAACUGAAGCUGACAAAUAAUCACCUGGAUCCCUUCGGCCACAUCAUACUCAACUCCAUGCACAAGUACCAGCCGCGUCUGCACAUCGUUAAGGCUGAUGAAAAUAACGCUUUUGGCUCCAAGAACACCGCCUUCUGCACCCACGUGUUCCCAGAGACCUCCUUUAUCUCUGUGACCUCCUACCAGAACCAUAAGAUUACACAGCUGAAGAUUGAGAACAACCCUUUUGCCAAGGGCUUCCGGGGCAGUGAUGACAGUGACUUGCGUGUGGCCCGGCUGCAGAGCAAGGAAUAUCCUGUGAUUUCCAAAAGCAUCAUGAGGCAGAGGCUCGUCUCCACCCAGCUCUCGGCCAAGCCCGACGUCAGCCCCCUGCACGGCGCCCACCAGGCCCUCCAGCACUAUCAGUACGAAAAUGGGGCUCACAUGCAAUUCGCUGCAGCUGAGCCACAGGAUCUGCCCCUCAACACCUUCCCAACCCAGAGGGACUCCAGCCUCUUCUAUCACUGCCUGAAAAGACGAGAUAGUGCCCGGCACCUGGACUUGCCCUGCAAGAGAUCGUAUCUGGAAGCUCCUUCUUCAGUAGCUGAGGAUCACUAUUUCCGCUCUCCACCUCCUUAUGACCAACAGAUGCUGAGCCCCUCUUACUGCAGUGAGGUGACCCCAAGAGAAGCCUGUAUGUACUCAGGUUCAGGGCCUGAGAUUGCCGGGGUGUCAGGGGUGGACGACUUGCCCCCACCCCCUCUGGGCUGUAACAUGUGGACUUCGGUCUCACCGUACACCAACUACAGUGUUCAGACCAUGGAGACUGUGCCUUACCAGCCCUUCCCCACGCACUUCACCGCCACCACUAUGAUGCCUCGGUUGCCUCCCAUCUCUGCUCAGAGCUCCCAGCCUCCAGGAAACGCUCACUUCAGUGUCUACAAUCAGCUCUCCCAGUCUCAGGUUCGGGAGCGGGGGCCCACCACCUCAUUUCCAAGAGAGCGUGGCCUCCCUCCAGGGUGUGAGAGGAAACCACCCUCUCCACACCUGAACGCUGCCAAUGAAUUUCUCUACUCCCAGAGCUUCUCCUUGUCCCGGGAAUCUUCCUUACAGUAUCAUUCAGGAAUGGGGACUGUGGAGAACUGGACUGAUGGAUGA